AUGGCAAUUACCAAUAUUCUCCUAAUUAUUGUUGUCCUUGUUGCUAGUGCACUUGUUUUACCAACAAAUGCAAGGAGCCUUUCCAUGAAAGCUACAAAAGCUGAAGAUGAACAGAAGACACUUUUUCGCCGCCCUUUACCGCCAUACCUUGGUCACCUAGGCGGUCACGGGAUUGGUAGGCCCGCUUUUGGUGUAGGGCCGGGUUUUGGAGGCGGAGUUGGAGGUGGUUUUGGUAAUAAUCCUUUUGGAGGAAUAUCUAGUGGAAGUGGAUUAGGUUUUGGAGCUGGAACUGGAACUGGAACGGGUUUCGGGUCCAGCAUUGGUGGUGCCGGAGGUUUCGGGUCUAGUGUAGGGUUUGGAAAUGGCGGAGGUUUUGGUUUUGGUGACGAUGGAGGUAGUAGUUCUAAUGGUAAUGGUGUAUUUGCUGGUGGCCAAGGUGAAGGAGAUGAUGCAGCAAUUGGGAAUCAAAAACCUUGA